AGACCACACCAUAGUUCAACCGUUGGAGACUGAAAAACAGACGACGCCUAGUUGAUGGGUGAAUAAGUAUGUUAAAACCACAGCAAUUCGUGAAAUUCCUGUUCUUGGUAUCUGUCUCCUUUGCUUCUGCUGGUUAUCAUCCAUCUUUACAUUGGGACCCGCGGAAUCCACUAUUUAAACAAAACGUGGAGAUUAACGUUCUUCAAAAUUCUAAACUCAACGUGUUGUGUCCAAACCCGGGAAGCGUCCUGCAGGAUCAAGAAUCCGGUAUCCCACAAGAACUCAUGUACGAAAAUAUGUGGAUUGUCACUAAAGAAGACUAUGAUAUGUGCAAAGUAAACAUAUCAGCUGGCAGAAGGAUCUUAAGUUGUGAUAGUCCUUUGAAGUUGAAAUAUUACCAAAUGGUCUUUAGAGCAUACAGUCCUCCACGCCUAGAUGAGUCAGUGGAUAUCCGUUUAGAGUUUGCACCAGGAACAAAAUAUUACUUUAUAGCAACUUCAAACGGAAUGAAAAAUUCACUGUCAAAUUACGAUGGAGGACAUUGUUUGACGUCUAAUAUGAAGAUGGUGAUUCAUGUCUGUAAUGGAAGCUCUGAUCCUAAGUGCAUCGACGCUCCUAAAAUUUCUCCUUCUAGUUCAGUCUCUUCGUGUGCUCCUGUCACAGAGAGAGUGCAUCAUUCUUCAACACCAAGUCUGAGCAGUAGAGGAUCUUCUUCUGUUCUGGUUCAUCAGUCUAGUCCAACUCAAUAUUUCUCAACAACGACUUUCGCUGGUCUGACAAAUACUACGCUUGCUCUAAAAUCGUCAGCCACUGUCCAGUGUCAGGAAUUUAAAGCUUCCAGCUCAGAAGGAUUCCUCUCUUUAUUCGCAAACCAAUCUCGCCAGUUAGCAGAAAUCUGUAACUACACUUCCAUCAUACCAGAUCUGGAGCUUAUACUGCAAGGGAUUAAUUCUUCACAAACGGUGACACAGGAAGCCCAGACUGAACAUGAAACAAAUGUAACACAGAACUGUACCAAGGAACAAAAUAGCGCUGUCGUAGCUCAAAAUGCACUCAUCGCACCAGCUUGUUCCCUUGGACAUCGUGCUCCAGUUCUUCCCAGCUGUGACGCACUUUUGUUAUCUGGCUACACACUUAGCGGUAUUUACCGUAUCGAUCCCUUGGAUGGAAAUGGAGGAUUUGGAGUGAACUGCGACAACGACAACGGCGGAGGAGGUUGGUCGGUAAUUCUAAGACGAUAUGAUGGUUCCUUAGAUUUCGAUCGCGGGUGGUCUGCCUACUUGGAAGGCUUAGGAGAUCUAACAGGAGAGUUUUGGUUAGGCUUGGAGAAAAUGUACAGACUCACUGGUGGCUCGUACUUCAACUUGAGAUUCGAUCUCGAAUCCUCGAAAGGAAUCAAGAAGUACGCAGAGUACGAAGGAUGUCUACUGGACAAGGAACGAAAGUAUAAGAUAACUGUUGGAAGUUAUUCAGGCGAUGCGGGAGACUCGUUUUCGUAUCACAGUGGGAUGAAAUUCUCCACUAAAAAUAAAGACUAUGAUCAGUCCACCUUGAAGUGCGCUCAAGUUGCAGGUGGCGGAUGGUGGUUUAAUGAUUGUCAACGCGCAUGCCUCACAGGAAGUUACGAGAAUGGCACGCACAGUUCUCAAGGAAUUGUGGGCAUUCAAUGGCAGGCGUGGACUGGGGCUAACCAUUCUUUGUCCAAAGUUGAGAUGAAAAUAAAACCAGCUUAACUUGUGACUACA